CGGUUGACCUGAAUCGUGCGAUGAAGAGGAAUGCCAGGUUGGUCUCUUCUUCUCCAUCCAAUCAAGAUGCGAUGAAGAGGAAGAUAAAAAAUGCGAAUCCAGAUCUGCUUCAAAUCUUCAAUCGAUGAGGAAGGUUAGACGUCGGUCGUGCGAGAGAAUCAUUAUUGGAUUAGGGAAUUUAUCCGUGAUGACUGAUGAUGAUGAUGAUACCUGGAAGAAGAUCGUGUGUGGAAAUUUCAAUGUGGUCGAUCUGCCGGCGCAGGAUCAUGUCCUUUUGAAAUUGGCCCUGUUGCCCUCCUCUUCCCCAGCCUCCACCGCCGUUGCGGCCGCUGCCACCCUGGAGACCGUGGGAGAAAUUCUCACAUAUGAGUUGGAAAGCAAGAAGGAGUUGUUCUACGGUGAUGCAGAGGGAGACUACCGCGGGCAACCACUAAACUUGUGUGCAACUCUAAUCGUGUCCUCAUCCUCAUCCAUGGCCCUAUUGGAGUCUCCGCUCUCCACACUGGUGAUGCUCUCCAAACUUUUGAAUUGGCGGUUUGUUAAUGAGUCGGAAGUGGGGGUCCUCGCAAAGACCAUGGACAGGCGGUACCCGGACUUGGAGUAUCCUGCUCGCCUCAUGAUUCAUCAAAUCACCCACCCUUUUCUUCCCGUCAUCCGUGCCGACCCGGAAGCCUCCGCUGAACUUUUCGACGACGUCUUUCUCACUCUGGUCACCUUGAGACCGAGACAACCCCCAAAUUAAAAAAGACUGUCUGCAUGCGGACUUGAACUAUCCUACUCGCCUUAUUCUACUCGAAAUGACACACAAACAUAACGAUCCUCUUCAUAGGCGGAUUCGAGAGGAUGAGAGCCGACGAUGUCGCUCUUGACGCCGUGGAGUCCGAAGUUGGAGCGCGUCGCUUCUCACUCCGCCGAUUUCAUGAGGAAUCGUCGCAUCCUUCUCUCUGCAAAUCUUCUUUCUAGGUCUUGAACUCUUGAUG